AUGGUCAAAAGCGACGAAGACGUGGUCAAAGACUUCAAUAGCACGGUGAACAUGUCUGCAGAAGACCUCGAAAAGUGGUUGAAGGGCGAUGAUUCCCAGAAAUCCGGCUGGUCGAAGGAUGAUGGCUCGGGUGAAAGCAUCGGUCACGAAAGUGGCAGGAAAAUCGUCGAGAUCCUUAGAAAGAAUCCUGAAAAGGAUCCUUCCAAGUAUGACAAGGAUGACCUCAAGCACAUGCGUAGAGUUGCUGCGUACAACAAGCGUCAUUUGGCGCAGGAGGAGAAGGCGAAACAAGAUACCAACAGCAACUCUUACCGAUCGUUGAAGAAUUGGGGCCACGAUGCUCAGAAGAGUUGA